UCCUCUUUACAACGGAGCUGUUUCCGGCUGUGGCUGGAGCUCCGCGGGAAAGUGUCUGCAGCCCGUUCAGAAACUUCAACUCUUGUCCUCGGAGCAGUUUACAGUCAAAUGAAUGAACACCUCUAACAAGCUGUUAUUUACCGUGUCAUAUUAACCCGUGGGUUCUGUCCCGGGUGGACUGUGCAGUGCUGAAUGUCUCAGACUUGCUUUCCUCUGUGACAGCUAGCUCCCAGAUGACAGGGUAAUAAUGGUGGUCACUUAGAAACACAAGCAAGCGAGACCAAAACAAUAUUAGAGCCAGCUCCGCUUUAUAUAGCGAUGGCACCGAACAAACGCGCACAGAAGAAACCCUUAAAGGUGGAGUGUGAGUGGGCUUCGUGUGGAGAAUCGUUCAGUCAGAUGGAAAACUUCUGCAAGCACGCUGAAGCUCAUCUCACUGAGGAAGAGGAGGAGGCAGAAGGGGAGAGAAACUGUCUCUGGAGAGACUGUGGCUUCUGCUCGGUGGAUGGCCCUGAGGAGCUGCGGCGCCACCUUCUGUUCCACUGCUACCACACGAAGCUGAAGCAGCUGGGGCAGCAGGCCCUGGACGCACAACCAGAACUGGGCAGCUGCUCCAUCGCCUACCACAACCGCAACAUCAUCCCUGACAUCCCGGACAAUUUCGUCUGUCUUUGGGAAGAGUGUGAGCAAGCUCCGUACGAAAACCCGGAGUGGUUCUACCGUCACGUCGAAAUGCAUACCCUGUCCAUAGAAAUACCGACUGGUGAAUGGGAGUUCCCCAUACGCUGUGGAUGGAAAGACUGCGAAGCUACCGCUAAAGGUCGCCCCAAGCUGCGGGAGCACCUACGCAGCCACACACAGGAGAAGGUGGUGGCGUGUCCAGGCUGCGGCGGGAUGUAUGCAAACAACACCAAGUUCUUCGACCACAUCAUUCGACAGAACGCCAUGGAAGGUCAGAGGUUCCAGUGUUCUCACUGCUCCAAACGUUUUGCAACAGAGCGACUCCUCAGAGACCACAUGAGAACCCACGUGAGCCACUACAAAUGCCCUCUGUGCGACAUGACGUGCCCGUCACCCUCGUCGCUGCGCAGCCACAUCAAGUUCCGCCACAGCAACGAGAAGCCGUACAGCUGCGAGUAUUGUGAAUACAGCUGUAAGAAUCUGAUCGACCUGCGUAAACACCUGGACACCCACAGCAUCGAUCCAGCGUUCCGCUGCGACGUUCCCGGGUGUAGCUUCACGUCUCGUACACCCGGCACCAUGAAGAUUCACCACCAGAAGGAGCACGAGGGGACUUUUACAGCUCGCUACAAAUGUCAUGUGUGCGGCCAAUGUUUCACCAGAGGCAACAGCCUGACAGUGCAUCUCCACAAAAAGCAUCAAUUCAAAUGGCCAUCAGGACACCCCAGGUUCAGGUACAAAGAGCAUGAGGACGGCUUCAUGCGGCUGCAGCUGAUUCGCUACGAGAGCGUGGAACUGACGGAGCAGCUGAUGAGGGAAAAGCAGAAGAGGUCGGCGGAGGAUGACGAUGACAAUGACGACGGCCCCGCUGACGGUCAGGAGCUGGAGGACGACCCUGCAGCACAGGCAGCCGCUGCUGCUGCUUCGCAGGUGCAGGUGCAGCUCAGAGGGGUUCUGCUGGAGGAGCAGAGGACUGAGGAAACCUCGACGAGAACGGAAGAAGCCGGUCAGGUGGAGGACAUGCUGUACGUCCUAACAGGGGAUGAGGACUCGGUCAUACUGCAGCUCCAGGGUGCUGCCCACCAGCAAGGCAUGCAGGUGGACUGACCACUGGUUCUAAAACGGGAUAACUGGACGCCUGUUUGAGGCAACCCAAACCGUAUCAUGUGACGCAUUCUUUAUCGAAGAUCAUUUUUACCGGUAUUUAAAGGGAUUUUUAUUUAUUCAGUAAUAUAUCAAGACUUUGCUUUGACAUGUAAACCACAGCCUUUAAAGCUAAGUCACUGAAGUAAAGAGAGGGGAAAAAACCAAGCCUGGUUUUGACUUAAAUACUUUGAGUCAUGAGAAAAUACUUGAUGUUUGGUCAGUUUGAAUAAAGAUCUUUUUUUUUAAUGUGUUUGUUUCUAUUUGUUCUCAAAAACAUGCACUUGCUAACAUGAAUGUAGUUUCUAUUGUUUUCGGCUGAGUUGAUGUUUAAUUCUGAUAAAUCUUCUGGAAGUAUGGCACAAUCGUCAGAAAACUGUUUUUUCCUCAUUAGCAUUGCAGGAUUACUGAAUCUAUCUCUACUUUAUAAUAAUUUUUUAUUUAUCUGAGCCGGAUGUAAUUGGAGUUUAUAUUGAGUCAUGCUGCAGAGCUUACACCAGUCAUUUAGGAUUUGAUUGGCGUAAAUAUGAAUUCUUCAAGGCAAUGAUUCCCCUGGUCCUUUAUUGCACUGCCCCCUUCUGAUAGUUAAUAAACACUGCAGCUUUAAAGGUUUAAAAGUAUAACAAGACCAGUUUUGUCACUUAUUUUUAUCAAUCGGUUGUGUGUACAAACUCAUUUUACCAAUAGGCCAACUCUUUGAAAAAAUACUUUAAAUAUAUUUAAGUGAAUUGAUGGGUACUUAAAUUGUGUUGCAAGUGAUUUUGUUAAGUUGCAUUUGAUUCCCCCCACCACCAAAUGUAGUUCAAUCAAUUUCAUUUCUAAUCUGUGCUUUAAUUCCUGCUUAGUUUUUUCAAAAUUAACCUUUUGCUGCUACCAUAAAGGAUUAAUGUUACAUGCAACAUUAUCAGGAAUUUCUAUGUCUGCAUUAUGAUAUUAAGUAUGUUUAUUACAGCCUUUUUGUGAUGUUUCUAAUUUUCAUGACUAAAGUUUUACUAGUUUUAAUUAAAAAAACUGCGUAUGAUUUAUGAAAUGAAGAGAAAUCUGAUUGGUUCGUCAUGUAGAAGACAAAACUAAUUUAAUUUGCUCACAAAAUGAAUAAAGAUGACUGCAAUAACCA